AUGGAAUCUUUCCUUGUUUCUUUUACUCCUCUUUCUUCUGUCACUAUCUUCACCGCUUUAUGUAAGCGGGUUGAGGCAGGAGAAUGGACAGAUAAUAAAGAAGAAGAAUUGGAGAACUUUCUAAAAACGCUUGAUAGUGCAAUUCAAUCUGUCAAAGAUAGGUCAAGGCUUGAACAGCUUUAUAAGUUCAGAAAAGGCGAUCUUUUGAAACAAUGCGAUAUUUGCAAAAAGUUCGUUCAAGAGAAACAAGAAAAGUAUAAUAGACCUUCUCGAGUAUAUGGGGAUGCAAUAUUUGGUAAAUUUUUGGAUGAACCUGAGAAAUUGAGAGAACUAACAAAUCAGAUUUUGAUAGUUUUAAAUCAGGUUUGGUCUUCUCCCAAAUGGAAGGCAUCGAGCUCAGCCAGUGCAGAAAGGAAGGGGUCAUAUCAACGAGCAAGAUGUCCUGAUUAUAUGGUUGUUGCUCAAGUGUCUAACAUAGAAGUUGAGAUUGGAUAUCUUGAAACAGGUUGUCCAAAAUCAUCUCUAGACAAACAAAUACGGGAUCACAAAAAACUCAACAGGCUUGGCAAAGAUUCUAUUGAUGUAACUAAGUUAUCAAAGCAUAAAAGAAAAUUUGAAAAAUUGGCGAUGAGAUACAUGUCAAUAUUUACAAUCAACGUUGCCGGAGAUGUU